AUGUUGUUAGGAACGAGAGGAAAUGACCCUUUCAACAAGAGAAAUACGAUGAAGCCUAAUAAUUCUCCUUCUUCCCCAAGCAAUGGUAUGGCAGCCUCAUCAUCAUCGUCGUGCGAGAUGAUCAUUGGCAACCACAAUAGAAAGUCAGCUCCGAGCAUGAAACAAAGUACCACAUUUGCAAGUUUUAAUCAUGCUCCAUUCCAUCCUCCACAAGCGUCCAAUAUUGUUGUUGAUCACAAUUCCUCUUCUCCAAUUCAUACCACCACCAAUUCAACUUCAUUCUCUCCACUUGAACAGCAACAACAACAACUACACAAACAUUACAGUGCUUCCAAAACAUGUUUCAAACAAGGCAUCAUGAUCAAACAAGGAGCCAAAGUGAAGAAUUACAAAACACGAUACUUUUUACUCUAUUCCAACCGAAUCAGCUACCACAAGAUGAAUAAGAAGAAGGAAUAUAACAAGACUCCUCAAGGAGAGAUUUCCUUGAAAGGCUUAAUCUCUUCCAAUAUUUAUGAAAUGUCCAACAUUGAUCAACGAGCUCAGAAAGAAGGUUUGAAAUUUGGUUUUAUUGUGGCCGAUAAGGAACAUGCCCGAAAUUAUUACUUGUUUACAGAGAGUAGAGAGGAAUCGUUGGAGUGGAUUCAGGCCAUUCAUCAAGUUGUGAAUAUGAGUUGUACGAGUGCUGCUGAAAUGCAAGUGAGCUCAGUGUCGAGUCCUAAUCAUGCGGUUGUACAGCAACAACAACAACAAUACUCGAGCAGCAACAGUCAUUAUGGUGGUGGUCCAACAUUAUUGACAAGUGGUGUGAAUUCCACUCGAUAUUCGAUCGUGUCAUCCUCGACACCAACUUCUCCUUCACAUUCACCUUCUCAACCUUUCAGUUCGAAAAAGAGUGAUGUGCAUCCUCACUUGUCGACAUCACUCAAUUUAUCACCACUGCUGUUAGAGCAGCAACAACAACAAUCACAGGGAACACCUCGUUCGACUCAACGAUUUUUACAGCAACAACAACAAGUGAAUGUGGACAAUAUUACUUCUAACUAUGCUCUUUCUUCCUCUCUCGUGAAUUCUCCUCGAAUUUCGAAUACCCAAAAUUCAUCUUCUCUUUCUUCCUCCCCUGUAGUUAUAUCCUCCCCUGCUAAUUCAUCAUUUACUGGUGUUACGAGUGUUCUUAAAGGCUCUCAAGAAUCUGAGCUUACCACUGUUUCAACGUCAUCCAUAUCUUUCAUUGAAUUUAUGAAUAAUGAAUCAACAUUGUUACCUACGGCAGAAACAAGUCCUCGCCUUGAGACAGUAGAAGAAAAUGUCACAUCAACACCAGUCUCCACAAUUGACCCAACCAAUCAAUUCAAUACUCCAAAUCUAACAAUUCAAGAAAGCACAAUGACAGAUGAGGAAGAAUUUAGUAUUGCUCUUAACGCAGCUGCCAUCUUCUUGAAAGAUGAAAUGGAACGAACGCCCCAAGAGCAAGCAUAUGUUGUGGCCAUGAAUUAUUUUAGAACACAACUCGAAGAGCAUUCUAAAAAACAUAAUUGUAAGCCUGCUUAUGGACUGGCACUGGGAACGGUCAUCUUCUGCAUUCCAGAAGAACAAAGAACCGCAGCAGAGCAAGAAUAUUAUCAGGAUAUUGUGAGUCAAUUCAUGUCAAGUGUUGACCUGUAUAGCUAUCUCACAACUCAAUUGUCUUCGUUCUCACUGAAGGAAAAUGAAAUUUCUACUCCAACCAUUGAUUUUGAUGAUGUUUCAUUGGAAAUGGAACAGCACUUGGUAGACAUGUCUUACUAUCUUUCGUAUCAUUCUUCCCAAAUAAUUCCAAUUCAUAUUCAAGUUGAAAUUGCAAAAGCGUGCAAAGAAAUUUGUCGGAAACCAGCUCAUGAACGAACCUUGGAUGAAAUUGAAUUUGUGGACCGUCUUUGUGAAUUACACAACAUGUUUAAGCGAUUAUAUUACAAGAGUGGAAUCAUACCCAACCAACUCACCUUACUUGCAUCUAUUUUACUUGGAAUGGAUCACGAAUUAUUCGAAAACUUUCAAGUAUUGGAAGAAAUGAAGCUUAAAUCCAAUUUUGAGCAAACCCAAAUGAUGGAACAUUCUCUUACAGGACUCACUGAUGCGGAUGAUGAACUAUUACCACCCAACAAUUUUUCCUUAUAUGCCAACAUGUUGGAUGUGAAAAUGUAUGAACUGAGGGAAGCCAGUCAAAAAUAA